AUGGAGAUUGUCUCAUGCCCUGCACCUACAACGCCAGGACAGUCUCCACCAACGCCAAUCUUCAUGCCCUUCUCGAAGCUGCAGGGCGCAUCAACAAUUGCGAAAGGAGCCCCGACCAAUGGAGAACCUCACGAACAAUUUUUCUUCAUAAGAAGAGCGAUAGGGAGGAUCUUCGGAACUACCGUCCUCUGCGAGCGUGCAUUACAAGCUCUUUACGAAAAUUAUUCUCCCUCACAUGCAAGGACACUGGAUAAAGCCCAACCUAUAAAACAAGCUGGAUUUUGCCAGGGAUUAAGCUGUGUGGAUCACAUCCAGACAGCCAUAUUGUCAGCGCUCCUCGACCAAGAGGGAGUUCGACAAGGCGACACCGUGUCGCCAAAGCUGUUUACCGCCGCGUUGCAGUGGAUGAUGAAAUGGAUUCGAAAGAGAGAGGUAUACGAGUUAAUAGGAGAUUCCUCUCGAACCUUCGUUUUGCGGACGACUGUUCUCUUUUCGAAAAAUAUCACUGAAGCGGAGACGAUGUUGAAGGAACUAAACCAAAACGCUUUUUGCGAGGAUCAGAAAAUGGAAUUAGAAGGCUCUCCAAUCGCGGAGACGUCUUCUUACGUAUAUCUCGGGCGUUCAAAGAACGUGGAGAACGAUUUGAAAGAGGAACUAAACAGGAGGCAAAGCAGCUUGGGCCGCCUACGGGCCCCUAAAGGAAGCCACAGACCAGCUGAAGGACCCAAAGUUCCGAGCCCACCUGUUCUCCCUUCGCUCUGCUACCCAGCAGAGACGUGCCCUAACUCUGUGGCUACGUCAAAGGCUCUCCGAACAACCCACAGAGCGCUGAAACGACGUCUUCUGAAGUACAACCGGCGCACUCAACAUCUCGUUGGACUUCGCAGUUCAGAUAUGAAAUCAAUGUCUUGUCUUCGCGAUCCAGCGGAAUACGCCUCUAAGGCAAGGCAUCGAUGGGCUGGUCAUAUAAUGAGAAGGACAAACGACAGAUGGACACUAAAAGCUCUGGAAUGGAUUCCUCACGAAGCAAAACGUCCUCGAGGGAGGCCACCGACCAGAAGGCUGACGUGUUCGUUACACGGAUGGACCAGCUGA